AUGGAUUCCAUACACGAAAACAAUGUUGACGCCACCACCAGUUGGAUGUUUCCUAUUCAAGUGUUGCUGGGUACUAUAGGACACGGAGAAGUUGAGGCGUGCAGCAUCUCCAAGGUUCCAGACAAGCUUCGCAAGCCAAACAAGGACGCAUACAUGCCCCAGGUUGUCUCUAUCGGACCCUACCACAGGGGAUCCGGAAACGAUAUCUUGUUGAUGAUGGAACCACACAAAUGGAACUACAUGUUGUCUCUUCUACGACGAUCUCUGAGCCAAGCGGAAGAAGAAAACGAGGAAGGGGAAAUUGAAGACGGGCCAAGCAAGGUGAAAAUAUGCGGCGACACCAUUCUGGACAUAGAAUACUUAGUUCGUGCCAGCUAUGGGGGGAACAUUCAAUCUGAACCCCACGACCUAGCAAAACUUAUGCUUCUGGAUGGUUGUUUCUUGUUAGAGUUUCUUCGCAGGCUUCAAGAGUAUAAGGCAUUGAAAGCUGGUGACAGUGGUGAUUAUGAUGACGACCCUAUUUUCCAAAGUCCAAACAAAGUCUUGUCUGUGUUGAGUGACUUGUUUCUGCUUGAGAACCAAAUACCCUUCAUUGUUCUCAAGAAGUUGUACAGAAAACUUUUCCCGGUUCCUGUUCCCGUUGAGCAGGAUCACCGUGUUGCUACUCUUGUAAUGGAAGCUCUAGGCUACACAUCGGUUGUUCCUACCUCUGGUGCCGCUCACCUCCUUCACCUUGUUUAUUUGUCCAAUGUGAACCAGGAGGAUAGAAAAAAGACUAAGCCAGCGCAUCAAGAGUUAGAGCGCUGUGCUACAAGGCUUCGAGCUUGUGGAGUAACAAUAAGACCUGGAGGCAGAAGCAAUAUGAACCAGUUCGGUGAUAUGUUCAACUUAGAGAUCAAAUUCAAUGGUGGGGUGUUGGAGAUUCCUCAGCUGCGUAUUAAGAAGUCAACGGAAGUCACAUGGAGGAACUUUAUUGCGUGGGAGCAGAGCAGAAUUGUGACCAGUUGCAAAUUGACUUCUUAUGCUUUGUUCUUCCAAGGCUUGAUAUGUUGUGCGCAUGACAUCGAACUGCUUGAGCGUGUUGGAGUUUUAGUGAACGAAUCAGGGAUAGGCCAUGAAGAUUUGCUGAAGCUGUUUCAGACUCUCUGUGAGGGAGUUGAUAAUAUGGAUUGGAGUUAUAGUGACGAUUGUGCCAAGUUGAACUCAGACACGGGAACGAGAUCGUUACGAAAAUGGCCUAUAGUCACUUGGCAUAACUGCAGACACAUCUUCGAGAUUGUUGUUUACUACUGGAAAAACUGGUACACCAUUUUGAGAAAAGAACACAUACCUACGAUUUGGAAACUCAUAGGAGUGUUGGCAGCUAUUGCGCUACUAGGCCUCACUAUCGCACAGACAUAUUAUGCAGUAAAGAGCAGUAAGUAA